CAUCGUCAACUAACCAGAUCAAAAACUUCUUCCAGUGACAUGAUACACGACUGAUGAGAGACGAUACAGGGGAGGAGAGAGACUGUUUCAAAUUUUCAAUGGCAAUCUGAAGCGUUGAGCCCGAGGAGCUUCUCCUGUUUUCUUCUCUAAUAGUGGACAUGGUUAAUUAGGAUAAGGAUGAAAAAAUAUUUUUAGUUGGUAAUUUUACAGACAAAAUAGAUAAGUGGGCUCACUUGUUCUGCACGAUGUGAUAAUUCUAACUCUGGUCUAAGACUCUAAAUAACUACCAUGUCAAAUUUCAGCUUAAGUCUUAAGAUCCAAUAAUUAUAUAUGUCCAAAGCUUCUUUCAUAGUUCUGUGCACAUCUGGGUACUUUGAAUCUCUAUGGAUCAUGGGUAAAUUCAAGACAAAAUUAUUUUUAUUAUUAUUAUAAAUUAUGAUGACGGAAAAUCCAAGCAAGUGAAGCUGAUUUCUUCUUCUUGAGAGAAAAACAAAAACAAAAUUGAUUUGCGGCUUUUGCUGUUUAGAUGGGUGAGCGAUGAACUGCAGAAAUCAGCUCGGAUUCACGUGUUGCUGACCCAUUUUUCCUGCAGAAUUGCAAUCCAGGAUAUUUCUUAGAAAUUAAGGAAGAAAACCCUCUUUGGAUGUGUUCUGGGAGAACCCAAUCUCUGUGCACCCAACUUCAUGGGUUUUGGAUGAGAUCCCACUCAUGGGCCGCCUUGAAUUUUAUCAGCUUGGAUCCUUGUGAAGGAGUGAACUGAACUGAACUGAACUUAUUUAAGUUCUGGAUUUGAUUUUGGUUUUGAGAUUUCUGGUAGUUUAGCACACUUGGGUUUGGUUUCUUAUUUAAUGUUGAAGGCUGUAAAUUUUGGUCCGAGUAGAGUGCUUACAUGGGUAAGUGUAGUUGAAGAAGCGAGUUGAAGAGCAAGAAUUAAAGAAGACGAAGAGGAUGAGAUGUCGUCCAAGUCGAACAGAACAAAUUGUUCCAGGAGCAGCUCUGCUCGAUCAAAACACAGUGCUCGUGUUGUUGCUCAGACAUCCGUUGAUGCUAAGCUUCAUGAAGAAUUUGAAGAGUCUGAACAGUUCAAUUAUUCCACUUCCAUUGACCUCAACAUCUCAGCCGCUGACAACAAUGCCCCCUCUUCUUCCGUUUCAGUUUACCUUCAACGGAUGCAGAGGGGGAAGCUCAUCCAACCCUUUGGUUGUAUGAUUGCCGUGGAAGAACAGAGUUUUGCAGUAAUUGCCUACAGUGAGAAUGCUCCUGAGAUGUUGGACCUGGCCCCUCAUGCAGUCCCCAGCAUUGAACAAAAGGAAGCUCUCACAAUCGGCACUGAUGCUCGAACCCUCUUCCGCUCCUCAAGUGCUGCGGCCUUGCAGAAAGCCACCAAUUUUGGGGAUGUUAAUCUCCUCAAUCCGAUAUUGGUACACUGUCGGAACUCUGGUAAGCCCUUCUAUGCAAUUUUGCACCGGAUUGAUGUUGGGUUGGUUAUAGAUUUGGAGCCAGUGAAUCCUGCUGAUGUCCCAGUCACUGCUGCUGGGGCAUUGAAAUCGUAUAAGCUUGCAGCCAAAUCCAUAUCCAGAUUGCAAUCUUUGCCGAGUGGGAAUAUCUCACUAUUAUGUGAUGUACUAGUUCAUGAAGUCAGUGACCUUACAGGUUACGAUAGAAUAAUGGUAUAUAAGUUUCAUGAAGAUGAACAUGGUGAAGUGAUUGCUGAGUGCUGUAAACCUGAUUUGGAGCCUUAUCUUGGCUUACAUUACCCAGCUACUGAUAUACCACAGGCUUCAAGGUUUCUCUUCAUGAAGAACAAGGUUAGAAUGAUCUGUGACUGUUUGGCGCCAUCGGUGGAAGUGAUUCAAGACAAGAGAUUGCCACAGCCAUUGAGUCUUGGUGGAUCCACGCUGAGAGCUCCCCAUGGGUGCCAUGCGCAGUACAUGGCAAAUAUGGGCUCUAUCGCAUCCCUUGUAGUGUCUGUUACAAUCAACGAAGAUGAUGAUGAUGAUGAGAUUGUGAGUGAUCAGAAAAUGAGUAAGAAGCUUUGGGGUUUGGUAGUUUGCCAUCAUACAAGCCCUAGAUUUGUCCCAUUCCCUCUGAGGUACGCCUGUGAGUUUUUGAUACAAGUGUUUGGUAUACAACUUAACAAGGAAGUGGAAUUGGCGGCUCAACAAAGGGAGAAGCAUAUUCUGCAGACUCAAACUAUGCUUUGUGACAUGCUCCUUAGGGAUGCUCCUGUGGGGAUUGUUACCAAAUCACCUAAUGUGAUGGACCUUGUUAAGUGCGAUGGAGCUGCACUCUUUUACAGGAACAAAUUUUGGUUGCUUGGCAUCACGCCUACAGAGGGACAAAUAAAAGAUAUAGCUGGAUGGCUUCUUGAUCGCCAUGAUCAGAGUACAGGUUUGAGUACAGAUAGCCUUAUGGAAGCUGGCUACCCAGGUGCUUCAAUUCUUGGAGAUGCGGUUUGUGGAAUGGCCGCCAUCAAGAUUACUUCAAAGGAUUUCCUCUUUUGGUUCCGUUCACAUACGGCAAAAGAGAUCAAGUGGGGUGGUGCAAAACAUGACCCAGUCAUUAAGGAUGAUGGCAGGAAAAUGCACCCUAGAUCAUCAUUCAAGGCUUUCUUGGAAGUAGUAAAAAGGCGGAGCUUACCAUGGGAAGACGUUGAGAUGGAUGCCAUCCACUCCUUACAGCUUAUAAUGAGAGGAUCCUUGCAAGAUGAUAAUGAGAAGGACUCCAAGACAAUUGUUGAUGCAACUUCAGUUGAUGCAAGGAUCCAGAGAGUGGAUGAACUGCAUCUUGUCACUAGUGAGAUGGUUCGUCUUAUUGAGACAGCUUCCGUCCCUAUUUUGGCAGUUGAUGCUUUCAGUAAUAUAAAUGGAUGGAAUACGAAAGUGUCCGAGUUAACAGGAUUGUCUGUGCAGCAAGCAAUUGGAGUCCCUUUAACUGACAUUGUCAUUGAUGAUUCAGUUGAAGAGGUGAAAAGCAUGCUCCGCUCGGCUUUGCAAGGCAAUGAGGAGAAAAACAUUGAGAUCAAACUUAAAACAUUUGGUUCCGAGGAGGGGAAAGGGCCUAUAAUCCUGGUUGGUAAUGCUUGUUGUAAUCGGGACAUGCAAGAAAAUGUGGUAGGAGUUUGCUUCAUUGGGCAAGAUGUAACAGGGCAAAAGAUGGUAAUGGACAAAUACACCCGUAUCCAAGGCGAUUACAUUUCAAUUGUGCGAAGUCCUUCUGCGCUUAUUCCUCCAAUUUUUAUGAUAGAUGAAUUUGGUUGCUGCCUUGAGUGGAAUGAUGCAAUGCAGAAAUUGUCUGGUCUGAAGAGGGAAGAAACCAUCAAUAGGAUGCUUCUUGGGGAGGUGUUCACUGUUCAUAACUUUGGUUGUCGAGUUAAAGAUCAAGACACAUUGACCAAGCUUAGGAUAUUACUGAAUGGUGUAAUUGCAGGCCAGGAUGCUGGUAAAUUGCUAUUUGGGUUCUUUGACCACCGUGGUAAAUAUGUGGAAGCCUUACUUUCUGCAAACAAGAGGAUAGAUGCAGAAGGUAAGAUCACUGGGGCGCUCUGCUUUUUACAUGUUCCUAGCCCAGAACUUCAACAUGCUUUGAAAGUGCAAAAAUUAUCAGAAGAGGCUGCAAAGAAUAGCCUCAUGGAGUUGGCAUAUAUUCGUCAGGAAAUCAAGAACCCACUUCAAGGGAUCAUUUUUACACACAAUCUGAUGGGAGCUUCUGAUUUGAGCGAAGAGCAGAAGCAACAUUUGAGGAGGACUGCUCUUUGUCAUGAACAAUUAGCCAAGAUAGUUGACGACACCGAUUUGGAAAAUAUUGAAGAGUGCUAUCUGGAAUUGAAUGCUGUCGAAUUCAACCUCGGGGAAACUCUGGAGGUGGUCAUAACACAAGCUAUGAUUUUGAGCGGGGAGAGACAGGUGGACCUCAUCCCUGAGUCACCAAGAGAAGUGUCCUCUAUGUUCUUGUAUGGUGACAACUUGAGACUUCAGCAGGUCCUGUCUGAUUUCUUGACAAAUGCACUCCUCUUCACACCUGCAUUUGAAGGAUCAUCGGUUGUGCUCAGGGUCAUCCCUAGAGCGGAGCGUAUAGGGACUGCGAUACACAUUGUUCAUGUUGAAUUUCGGAUAACGCAUCCAGCACCUGGGAUCUCAGAAGCUUUGAUUCAAGAGAUGUUCCACCACGGCCAGGGUUUCUCAAAGGAAGGUCUUGGCCUGUACAUCAGUCAGAAACUUGUGAAGAUUAUGAAUGGUACUGUACAGUAUCUUAGGGAGGCAGAGAGGUCAUCUUUCAUCAUUCUCAUUGAAUUCCCAUUGGUUCGUCGCAGUGUGGAGUCUAGGUGACCUAAACUUUCCAGGAGAAUUGGAAUGACAAACUGUUUCUGCACCACGACCUUCAUAUGGCCUGAACUGAUGGUGCAUCAAAUUAGGCUUUUGAGAAAUUGGGGCCACAGCUCAUCACAAAACCAGGGCUGUUUGGGCUGACAAAGACAAGGAGGAACUUGGCUGAAGUGUUGUGGAAUGAGAAUGACUUCUGUAAUACUUUUUGUAAAUUGGGCAUCCAAAGCAGGCGGGAAUUUAUGAAGCAAGAUACUAUCAACUAUUUUUCUUACUUUAUUGCAAUGUGUUCUAAGCCUUCUUGGAGUUAUUGCCUGAUGAAGAGUACCCCAUGGAAUUUUUAAGUGUCACAGAAGCACCACAUUAAAUACACUUUGCUAUGGUUCAACUCCAA